GUAAUUAGCUUCUUUUUUUUCUUUUUUCUUUUUUUCAAUUAGUUAGGGGUUAAGACUUUUGAACUAGAAAAACCCUAAUUGCUCCUCCUUCCAAAAUUUUCUCUCCAUUUCCUUCUUUUUUUUCUUAUUGAAGGAGACUUUCGUGAAAUGAUCCAAUAACAUACACCUACAAAAUGAUACCCAAAUCUUGGUCCCGCAUUUUGCUCUACCAAUCUCUCAAAAAACCUAAAAAACCAUUUAUCCCUCAACUUUCCCGUAAAAUCUCAACUUUCUCGCAGUUUCCCCCCACCCAAACAGCCCCAUUUUUCAAUUCUUCAAAAACCCACUUCUCUACUUCCCCUGCUGCCUCCGACCGUGUCAUUAAAGACCUCCUAGCAGAACUCGAACGCGAAAAACAGCGCGAAAGAGAGGCAAGAAAGAGAACUGGAUUAGACACUAAGGAUAUUGAUCAAGAAGAUGAAGAGGAUUAUAUGGGAGUGGGCCUAUUGAUUGACAAGUUAGAGAAGGAGAAGCUAAAGCCUUUUAAAGGUGAUUUGAAUCUUCGUGAAGAGCCAUCUGACUCGGAGAGCGACGAUGAUGAUGAAAGAUUUGGAAGAGAAGCAUUGACAAAACGGUUUGAACUUUUCAAGAAAAAGCAUGAAAAGCAUACAAAGUUGCUUGACAAUUUUGUUGCUUCUGAGACACUUGAUGAUGCUUUCAAAUGGAUGAAUAGAAUUGAUAAAUUCGAAGAAAAACAUUUUAAGCUUAGACCUGAAUAUAGGGUUAUUGGUGAGUUGAUGAAUCGCUUAAAAGUAGCAGAAGGCAAGGAUAAAUUUAUUCUUCAACAGAAAUUAAAUAGGGCAAUGAGAUUGGUGGAGUGGAAGGAAGCUUAUGAUCCUAAUAUUCCAGCUAAUUAUGGAGUUAUCCAGCAUGCACAAGUUGGCUCUAAUGUUGAUAUCAUGAAUAAUGCUGGAUUUGAAAGAGAAAAGCAAAUGAUACAAGGUGGGUCUGAUGAUGAUGUAGAGGAGUUUGAUGACAUGAAGGAAAGGGAUGAUAUAUUGCUAGAGAAGCUCAAUGCUAUAGAUAAGCAACUUGAAGAGAAGUUAGCUGAGUUAGAUCAUACCUUCGGAAAGAAGGGGAAGCUUCUUGAGGAGGAGAUCAGAGAUCUUGCAGAGGAGAGAAAUUCUUUGACGGAAAAGAAAAGAAGGCCAAUGUAUAGAAAGGGCUUUGACGUGAAAUUGAUAGAUGUGAAUCGAACUUGUAAAGUUACAAAGGGAGGACAAGUGGUCAAGUACACUGCUAUCUUAGCUUGUGGAAAUUAUCAUGGUGUUGUUGGUUUUGCUAAAGCUAAAGGUCCAGCUGUUCCUGUGGCACUUCAGAAGGCAUAUGAGAAAUGCUUUCAAAACCUCCACUACGUAGAACGGCACGAGGAGCACACAAUUGCACAUGCAAUACAGACAACAUAUAAGAAAACUAAGGUGUAUCUCUGGCCAGCCUCAACUAGAACGGGUAUGAAAGCAGGAAGAAUUGUUCAAACCAUAUUGAAUUUAGCUGGUUUCAAAAAUGUCAAAUCGAAGGUAAUUGGCUCGAGGAAUCCUCAUAACACUGUUAAGGCUGUUUUCAAUGCUUUGAAUAGUAUUGAAACUCCAAAGGAUGUUCAAGAGAAGUUUGGCAGAACCGUGGUCGAGAAGUAUUUGCUGUAAUGGCACUAUGCUAUAUUCUCUUGAAUUUGAAUAUCAUUUGCAGAGUAGAUGAGGUCCAUGAGGAUAAAGUUCUUCUUUUUCUUUUUUCUUUUUGUCCUAUAUUUGAUUCUUUUUUUUUUUCUUUCUUGAACAUGGUAGUUUGGCAUAUUUGCUACCAUAAUCAUUGCUUCUCUCAGUUUUUGCUUUUCUCAAUCUGCUCCUGGGUUAGUUUUCAGAUCUUGUAGCAGUAUUUUCAGAUGGAUUGGUAAUGUAUUUUGGCCAUCACAGGAAAUAAAUAGAUAGACAAAACUCGCCAAGUUCAAAAUUGUCAAGAAUGGUUUUUGUCCAAUGUUAUUUUAAGAGAAGUACAUUGAA